UGAAAUUUUGUAGCAAUUCGAGUGACCAAACUUGCAAUUAAACCCUUUUUGAAGUGUCAACCAACGGUCAAACAGACGAAAAAUUGACGAUUUGGAUGUUAAAUUGUUUUCAAAAAGAUUUGGCUAUUAUAUUGUUUAAAAUGAAAAAUUUGGAUAUUAAAUUGUAUUUACCCUUUAAAUAUCGAAAAACAAAAACUUCUCUUUUGUCUUUUUAGUGGGUUAAUCUCAAAUCUUCUUCGACAAGUUUUCCGUCUACGGUCGGGUCGGGUGCGCUUUCUUUUUGGUCGCCGCUCGCUGUCGUUUGAACUUUCGCGGAUUCCCAAAAAUACCCCUCUCCGCUUUUCAGCUUUUUCCCACAUCUCCCGUCACAUCACCAAGCCCCUUUUCGUCAUUCCACCUAGUUUAAAAGAUUCCCCAAAAUAAUAUCCGCCUGCACUGUUGUCAACCGCCCAAUCGUUUCGGUUUCCCUCUAAAUUUCCCGGAUCCAUCUACCCACCCGGUCUCUAUUCGGAUCCCCGAGAAAUCCCAGCCCUCCGAUUCUCAAUCCAACGGUUGUUAUCGCUCGGCACAGUUGUUAACCCUAAUUUCUUUCUCUUCUUCCUCAGUGGUUCCUUUCUAUCCAUCAUAAACCCUAGCGCCCGCCACCUUCUCCUUCCCCCCCAACCUACCGCUUCGCCUCCUCUCCCUGCUCUUGAUUUCCGUCAACGUCGCAGCCGCAGCUGCCCAUGACUACGCUGAUGACUAUUUUUUGGACGGCUUCGUGAAACUUGGUUCUCGAUCUGCCCAUCUCUGGAGGAGCCAUAAGAAAAAAAGGAUCUGCCUUUUUCUCUCUUUGUAAAGAGAAAUUGGAAACGGAAGUUCUGGGUUCGACUGUUGUGUUGAUACGCGCAUGUAGAAUUUUGUUUGUAUAACGAGUCGAAGGUUUUUACUUUUUGGGUUUUAGGGCGCGGUUCUGUUGUCAGUGAAUUGGUCGUGUUUUAGGAUUCUAGAUUUAGGUUAGAGAAUUGGGGGUUCGAAAUUUGGGCUCUUUGGACCUUCUUCAUGUCGGAGUAACUCAGGUGGUUCGAGUCGGUUUCUGACGGGUAUGGAGUUUCUCCGACAGAAUUUGGAUAAUGAGUCCAAGUACUAGGAGUGGUUCCGUUUUGGGUUCAGGCAAAGUUCGCAGUCGGGAACUCGGAGGUAAAAUUAGGAAACUGGGUCAGUCUGAUCGGAGAGUGAGCUGGAGGCUUAGUGAAUUGAAGGCUGAUAAGGUCGGCGCUUCCGGAAUUGGGUUGAACCAGCGUAACCGAACAGCAAUUAUGCCGUCCGGGGAGAUUCGCAGGGGGACGAGGGUGAUUGGGAUGGUUAAAGGUGCCGAUUCGGUCCGGGUUCUGCGGUCCGGCCGGCGACUUUCCCCCAGAUCCGGGGAGCGGCAGGUCAGGAGGGUUAAAGACGACGAAGAAGACAAGUCGCUGCACCAUAGUAUCAAGAAGUACCCACACAAGUGCAAUGAAAAUGGUGCCACCAAUAAUGAUAAGCUCAAAAGGAAAGCUUCUGAAAGUGUUGUUCAUAUCAGUGAAAUUGAAGCGCCCAGAAGGGUGAAAAGAGCUCGUCUGGCAGUCAAGAAAGUCAAGAAGGUGAAGAAAGCGGCUUCCAAGUCCGGCAAGGUUGCGAUGAUAGAGGAUCGGGUUGCCUUAAUUGACAAGAGGUUUGGGAUUGUUUACGCAAGGAAGAGGAAGAGAGGGAGUAUCGAGAAGCAAGAAAGCUCCGGUAAUAAGUUGUUUGGGAUUCAAUUCUCACGGAGGCAGGCAAGGAAGAAGGGAGCUGAUUGUGUUCUUGAAGUUCAGACCUGUGCCUUCGUUGCUGUGGUACAGAAUUCUGGUACUGUGGCAGCUUCUCUCCUGACUUCAAUCUUGUGGCACAUCAAGAACGUUGGUGUGGAUUUGUCUGAACUUGCUGGCUUCUUGUUCUCUGAGCCCCUCAACUGUACUUUUGCUUCAAAUGGGAUCCGGUUCUUGAAGGAUCCAUCAGGUGCAAGUAGUGGAAUUUGCAAUUUUUUUGAUUCUGCGACUUCGGUGCCAUCUUUUGAUUUGGACUUUUCUGUAAUCCCUUCGUGGUUUAUGGAAAUGCAUCUGAAUUGGGUACUGAGGGUGUCUCGUGUGCCUUCAAAUAAGCCUGCCGAGGAAUGUGACGAAAUGAUGAGUGAAGAUGAAGAUGGAAUAGAUCAGUUAUUUCUUAGUGUCAAGAUUCCUCAAAUUGAACUCGCAUCUGGAGCUGAUGUUUCUGAGAACAGGCCCAUGUUGAAUCCUUCAUUUAGACCUUCGAGGCUGACUGUCAAAAGCACUCAACCCAGAAAUAGCCAUUACAGCCGUGGUGUCCGGAAAAGUCGCAGCUCACGUAGGAGGAGAGCAAGAAAUCCGUCGCUGCUCGGAGUGCAGGCAGCUAAUGGCUUGAUGGUGACUGGUUCUCUUGGUAGCCGGAAGAAGAGUCGUCCCCUCUCUUCUGUUGUGUCAAAGUACAAACUUAGGAAUGCUUUGCCAGCUAGUUGCGUGACAGAAUGUCCAAAAGAAGCAAGUUCUGCUGCAGUUGAGGGGAAAAAUUGCACAACAGACAAGGCCGGCUGCUCUGCGGAUCUGCUUGUUAUUGAAUUCGACAGAUGUUACAAGGUGAAAGGGGCUACAAUUGCUAUUGAAUCUUCUGAUUCGAGAAAGUCUGUUCUUGUAGUGAAGAAGGAUGGUGAAACUAAAUUGUCCUUCUUGCCUCAAAAAUACAUGAAGACUAGCUCUGUUAACCGAGUAACUCACAAUGUCUUGUGGUCUGGGAAUGAGAAUUGGAAGCUAGAAUUUCCUAGUCGGCAGGAUUGGUCCAACUUCAAGGAGCUUUAUAAGGAAUGUGAAAAUCUCAAUGUACCACCUACAGCAACAACGGUUAAAGCUAUUCCUGUUCCUGGAGUUCGCGAAGUGCCUGGCUAUGAAUCUAAUUGUUCCGGUGUAUUCUCCAGGCCAGAUGCAUAUAUUACUGUGACCACUGAUGAAGUGGCCAGAGCGCUAGAGAAAAGGAGUCCUAACUAUGAUAUGGACUCUGAAGAUGAGAGAUGGCUAAAAGAAUGGAGCCCUGAAUCUGUUAAGGCAGCUGGGCGCCCACAGCUGCUUUCAGAGGACAAAUUUGAGUUGAUGAUUGAUGUGUUUGAGAAAGCUUCAUACUGCACUUCUGACGAGGUGAUUGAUGAGAAAGCAGCUCUGAGCCUUGUUGCUGACUUGGCUGGGCAGGAGGUAGCCCAAACUGUGUAUAGCUAUUGGUUGAAAAAGAGGAAGCAGAAGCGAGUGCCGUUACUUCGUGUUUUCCAGAUCCACCAAGUCAAGAAACCUCCGGUAGUUGGAAAGCUUGUCCUACGCAAGAGACGGUCAUUCAAAAGACUGGGUGGUCAAUGUGGGAAAGGCAAGCAACUGGGUCUAUUGCAAGCCAUGGCAGUCGAGCAUGAUGCUCUGGAGGAAAGGAAUGCCAUGCUUAAGCUGGAGGAAGCUAACAACUCGGCGAAGAGGUCCAUUGAGUUGGCGAUCGAGAAGCGACGCAGGGCCCAGUUGCUGAUGGAGAAUGCUAGUCUGCUGUGUUACAAGGCCACCAUGGCACUUAGAAUUGCCGAGGCCCUUUCUUCCUUCGAUUCAGCGGAAGUUGCUAACACCGAGAUGUUUGAUGUGGGCAGCAGUAACGGUGGUGAUGAUUAAGUGAGAGCUCAGACGGACCUUUUUUUAGAAGAAAGCCCCCCCACGGCCUUUGCGGAUGAGAAAUUUUUGUACAGAUUUUUACCUUAUUGUAUAUACUGUACUACUACUAUUACUCUUUUGUAAUAAACCUCACAACGAAAACUGGUAGUGUCAUCCUACAAGCUACAAGUGGAAGAGGAUUUAGCUCCCCUCUCAUGAAAAUAGGGGGGAAAACAGAGGACAAAAUGAGAACGAAAAGUUUGGAAGGAGAAAUUGACUGCCCUUAUGCUUGGCUUGUUGCUUCUUUUUGUAGAUUAAGCAGGAAAUGGGUUAACUUUAAUUUAGCAAGCAUAGGAGGUUUAUGUCAUAGUCACAAGGCUACUAUUUGUGGCCAUUAUUGCUUGUUCUUAAGCGGUACAUGCUCUGUUUCUGCAACUUGGUACAUUCUGAAAAAAAAAAUGAAAGAAAGGAAACAGA